CCGCUGGAACCACAGGACAGCAGUGACAGCGAAGAAGCGCAUAACCCUCGGGGUGCAUCGCGAACGCGCCCAGGGGGAGGGAGCGCGCCUUCCCCUCGACCAGGCACGGAGGGGGGGAGGGUCACGUGACGGUGUGUCUAUAAACAGGGUUCCGCCCCCUUCCCUUAAAGCUACUGCUGUCGCACUGAGCUUUUCCUCCUGACAGCACGGUGGUGGUGUGUGUACGUGCACGCGCGGCGCGAGGGGCGGUCGUCAUGGCAGACCAGGCAUUUGUGACGCUGGCCACCAACGACAGCUAUGCAAAGGGGGCGAUGGUACUUGCCAAGUCCCUGCGUAGCCACAACACUUCCCGGAAGUUGGUGGCACUCGUUGGCCCCCAUGUGUCGGACUCCUUCAGAAAUGUGCUUUCCAAGCUGUAUGAUGAGGUCCGUCUGGUGGAUGUGCUGGACAGUGGUGAUUCAGCCCACCUGGCCCUGAUGAAGAGACCCGAUCUGGGUGUCACGCUUACCAAGCUGCACUGCUGGACCCUCACACACUACUCCAAAUGCGUCUUCAUGGAUGCAGACACACUGGUGUUGUCAAAUGUGGAUGAGCUGUUUGAACGGGAGGAGCUGUCAGCUGCACCUGACCCCGGCUGGCCUGACUGCUUCAACUCUGGCGUGUUUGUGUUCAUCCCCUCCAGUGAGACCUACGGCAGACUCCUCCAGUUCUGCUCAGAGACUGGCAGUUUUGAUGGUGGGGACCAGGGGCUUCUCAACAGCUUCUUCAGCAGCUGGGCCACAGCAGAUAUCUCCAAGCACUUGCCCUUCAUCUACAACCUCAGCAGUAUAGCCAUCUACUCAUACCUCCCAGCAUUUAAACAGUUUGGUGGCGAUGCCAAAGUUGUUCACUUCCUGGGCAAAAUGAAGCCAUGGAACUACUCGUAUGACCCCGAGACAAAAAGGGUCCAGGGUGACUCAUCAGAGCAUGAGUCAGUCCACCCCCACUACCUGCUAAAGUGGUGGGAUAUUUUCUCUACAUCAGUUGAACCCUUGCUGAAGGAGCAGUUUGGGGACCAGCCUUUCGAUUCUGGAAGCCACCAUGAUGUUGACAGAAUCCAGGAAGCUGUGUCUCGUGUCCAUGUGGCUGAACCUCCCCCUAUGCCGGAGAUGUCCUCCCAGGAGCGUAAGCAGAAGUGGGAGCAGGGCCAGGCUGACUACAUGGGAAUGGACUCCUUCGAGAACAUCAAGAAGAAGCUUGACUCCUUCCUAAAGUAAAAACGAUGGAACAGAUCCAGAGAAAUACUACUCGCACUAGUUCUGCAGGAGUUCACCAGGGUGGGUGGGUGGGGAGAAGCACACAGAAGAUCAAUGUUCCCUGCUCUUGGACUUGCUGUUAUAUCUACAUGCUCACAUUUUUUUUUUUUUUUUUUUUGCUGUAAUUUACCCUUAGAAACCCAAAGACACUUAAACUCUUGAGUUUAGAUGUUAUGGUUUAACCUAGCUAUGCAUUUUUAUCUUUUGCCGAAAGCCUUUGCUCUGAUCACAACUCCGUGCCACACACUGUGAAGCAAUAACUUGCCACCACAAUACAUUAGUGUUACCACCUACUUUAGUGUUUUAGUUUUGUCACACCCAUGUAACUUGAUUCAUGUAAACUAGUCUUUAGUAUUGAUAGUUUUAAUGUUCUCUCAGGUUUGUACUAGUGUUCAGUUGGAAGAGGGGAGGGGGAAAAAUCCUCUAAGGUUGCAGUGUCCACCAUUUCUCACAAGGGAUUGAUUAGCUGACAAUGCACACCUUGUAAACUUUGUUUUUGUGGUUCUCCCUUGUUAUCUUGCAUGUUUCUUAGUCUCGGGGUUUGGAAGAAACUCCCUUAAUAUUGCAUCGUGCAGGGUAUUUUAAAUAAGAUUCCCUUCAAGCCCAAGGACUGCUGCCAGGGCUUGUUGCAGUGGUGGAGAAUUCUUCCCCCCUUGUUGCUCCUCACAAGCCUCAAUGUUUCAUGGGCAGUGCUGCAGAACUGUCUUCUAGCCAUGGGAAGAGAACACCAUUGCACUCCAUAAUAUGUAAGCUACACAAGAAGGUGUAGCACACAGACAAAUGAUCAGUUUAGGGCAACAUCCUACCCCACCAUGCUGUAUGUUCCACAUGCUGUUGUUGGUCUGCUGUUGUCCUGGAUCAUAAAACAGCUAAAAUCCACCCCUACCAUACCCCUUUUCUUGCAAAAAAAUCUAAUAAAACAGUGGCAAGAAACAUA